AUGGUGGUAAAACACGUGGAGGACGCCAAACAGUUCCAGAACCUAUUGAGCCAGACCGAGCAGCUUGUGGUGAUCAUGUACUCGGCCGAGUGGUGCAGCAACUGCCGGAUGAUCCGGCCGCACUUCUACAACCUCUCCGAGCAGCUGAUCAACGUCGUCUUCGUGGAGGUGGACGUGGACGACGCGGAGCCGUUGGCCCGGUCCGCCGGCAUCACCUGCAUGCCCACUUUCCACUUCUUCAAGCGCUCGACCAAGAUCGGAGAGUUCUCGGGGACCAAGAGGGAGAAGUUGGAGCGCCUUUUGGACGAGCUGCAGUGAGGGACCUGUUAAAAGUUAAAACGAAGAAAAGAAAUAGGCAGAGAAACACAAACGAACAAAAAUUAACUUAAGUUUGAAUUUUCUGAAUAAACAAAACUGCAACUAAAAAUAUACAGCCAGAGAAAGUAAGGGAGGCAAUUUUCAAAAUUAAUUUUUUGUAUGUGCCCAUCCCUAGUUGACCCGGAAAGGUGAUGGUGGGAGGUCUUUUUGAACACUGUAAUUAUGGUGAUUUUGAUGCAACUUGCUUGGUCAUUUCAGAAAGAGGUUAAGAGGCAAUCACAACGGCUAUGGGCAUCAAAUGGGGUUUUAGAAAGCUGUGGAUUGGAAAGGGAAGUAUAUACUCCAGUAUUUUGGAUCAGGACUGGUUUAUAGUGGAGUUUGUAUUACACACUAAGAAAGAGUUAGCAUUUAUAAAGUAUCUUCCACGUUCUCAGGAUGUCCCAUCGCACCAUAUUGGCUGUGGUUCAAUGGUAGCACUCUUGCCCCUUUGUCCUAUUUCUUAUGUAUGAGAAGGUUGUGCGUUCUGAUCCCAUUCCAGAGAAGUUCCAGGCUAAUACUCUAGUGGAGUGCUGAGGCAGUGCUACACCAUGACUUUCUAUUAAACGCUAAACCAAGACUUGGAUGUGAAAGUUCCCAUUGCACUAUUUUGAAGAAGGGAGUAGGGAAGUUCUCCCUUGUGUCCUGGCUGAUAUUUAUCCCUCAAGUAACAUCAAUGAAACAGACUAUCCAGUCAUUAUCAUCCUGCCGUA